AUGGAGGUCGUUUCGGAAGAAGAAGUCAUUGAUCAAUUCCAUGAGCUCAUAGAUAAAGUUGAGGAGCCAUUGAAGAAAACAUUUGAGAGAGUUCAUCAGGGAUACCUGAGGGAGAACUUGAGUCGUUUUCUUAAAGCACGUGACUGGGACAUGACCAAAGCUCAUUCAAUGCUUCUUGAGUGUUUGCGUUGGAGGGUGGACAAUGAAAUUGACAGUAUCUUAUCAAAACCCAUUGUUCCUAGUGAGUUGUAUAGGGCCGUACGGGAUUCUCAACUCAUAGGAAUGUCUGGUUACACGAGAGAGGGCUUACCUGUCUUUGCUGUUGGCGUUGGCCUCAGCACAUUCGACAAAGCUUCAGUUCACUACUAUGUCCAAUCCCACAUCCAAAUCAAUGAAUACAGAGACCGUGUACUACUGCCUUCUAUGUCUAAGAAGAAUGGGCGGCCAAUCACCACCUGCGUUAAGGUUCUUGACAUGACAGGGCUGAAACUUUCAGCACUGAGCCAGAUUAAGUUAGUGACUAUCAUAUCAACCAUAGAUGAUCUAAACUAUCCAGAGAAGACAAACACUUACUAUGUUGUCAACGCUCCAUAUAUAUUCUCCGCUUGUUGGAAGGUUGUAAAACCUCUUUUACAUGAGAGGACAACGAAGAAAGUUCAUGUGUUAUCUGGUUGCGGAAAGGAUGAGUUAUUGAAGAUAAUGGACUACACAUCUCUCCCACAUUUCUGUAGAAGAGGAAGCUCUGGCUCAUCUCACCACACUCAGAGUGUAGACUGUUUUUCUGUUGAUCAUCCCUUUCAUCAACAGCUAUACAACUAUGUGAAGCACCAUUAUGAGACACAGGGGCAAGCAGAACCUGCAAAGCAAGGAUCGUUCCACGUUGGUUUUCCUGAGCCUGAAGCUGAACGUGUUCAGAUAGCUAAAACCAUUGAAUCUGAACUGCACAAGUUUGAGAACUGCAAUGGUCUGGGGAAGCCUGAUGAUGAGAGAAAAGCCAGUCAAUGA